AUGAUGUUAGACGGUCAGUCGCCCAGGGCACUGACUGCGCAAUCUGACCCCACUGACCCUGGCAACGGGCACGACGCCCUACAGGCGAGGGGGAAGAGAAAUCUCUGGUCCGCUUGCGAACUGGAGAAACUCUCACGUCUCGUUGAAGAACACCGACGUGGGGACCGGAUUGAUUGGCCGUCCCUUGCGCAAGCAUGGGAUAGUACAAGAAAUCCGGGCGACGCGCGCAGGACGGUGAAUGCUCUAAAGAGCAUGCACGCGAAGCGUCGCAGGGAACAGAGAAGAGCGGGGGCUAGUGUACCGCUCGGACCUGAUCUAACAGAGGAACUCCAGGGAAGUACUUCCCAGGAGGGCUCUACCCCAGAUGUUGGUCCUCCGGAUCCUCCGGAGUUGAUCACCGCUCAUCCUGUGGUGCCGAAUCUCGUGGAAACGCUAGUCCAGAGAUUCGAUGUUUACUACAAGGUAGCCAUAAGUUCCUAUGAUAGGCGUGCUGUAAGGAGACCUGAGGGAGAAAUCCCAAAGGACCUCCUGGUUGCUGGUAACGCGGUGCUUGUCCGCAAGCUAGAAGAACUACCGGCUUCCAACGGACGUCAGAGCUUAUCCAGGUUGAACGCUGCAGUGUAUGCAAUUGCGCGAGCGAUUGCUGCUACAGCGGACGAACUGAGGCGAGAACAUAUGCCUGACGAUCCCAAACACCGCCUUAUGGAACUUUUCGAACAACGGAGGUCACAGCUGAGUAUCGUUUCGACACUUAGCGAAGAACUCCGAAGACGCAAAGCACUGCGCCAGCGAAAGGAAGGGGCCAUGCUAAGGCCCAGCCAGAAUUUCCUCCGAAUAGCGGCAGUGCAUAAAAUCCGACGUCGCGGAGAGUUGGGGCGAGUAUUACGGAUGUUUAAAGACCAACUAAACGUGACGCAACUCGAAAUCAGGAAGUGUGAGGAAACCCGACGUCGAAUGCUAGUCCGACGGAAGGGAGCUUCCUUCGUGGUCCAUGAGCGUGCGGAAUGCCCCUCGACGGUGCCUGUCGCCGGUGUUCGUGAAUACUGGCAGCCGAUCGUUGGGCUGUCCAGACCAUUCGAUGUAAGCUCCGAGCUUGAAGAUUGGUCAAGGACCUUAGGAUCACUACCGCGAGAGACGCCUCUUCGUUCCGAGGAGCUGACCGAGGAUGCCUGGAAGACCUUAUUUACUAAGGUCCGACCUUGGAAAGCUACCGGUCCGGAUGGUAUCCAAGGCUUCUGGUGGAAACAUCUUCCAGAAGCUAGGCUGCGGCUAACAUCUUGGUGUCUACGGGCACUACGGCAGCCGAGAAAGUCGAUCCCGAACUGGCUUUGCCAGGGUAGGGUGGUACUGAUACCAAAGAAGAGAGGUGACCCUAACACCCUUGGACCUGGGGACUUCCGACCUAUUGCAUGUUUGAACACAUGCUAUAAGAUCUUGACUGGCAUGAUGGCAGAACAUAUCUCCAAAGUAGUAGGAGACCGGUUUCCCGGUAGUCAAGUUGCCCUACGAAAAGGAGUUUGGGGUUGCACUCAUGCACAGAUACUAGACCAGACCAUUGUCAAGGAUGCAGAGAGACAUAAGAACGAGCUGCACAUGCUCUGGGUCGACAUGACUAAGGCGUACGAUUCCCUGCGACAUGGUGCCAUUAAAUGGGCUGUGAAGCAGUGGGGCGUGCCAUCGGACGUCCGACGUCUUCUGUCGACCAUUAUGUCACUUCAGACCGUCCGGUACUAUGGUUAUUCGAAUGGGCGUCAAGUCAAGAGUCGUCCUUUGCAGAUCAGAAAUGGUCUUAUGCAAGGCGACACGUUAAGCCCAUUGCUAUUCUGUCUGACCAUAGCGCCGAUCUCGGCGUGGAUCCAGGCUAACAUCAAGCCGUACCAGACGAAAACCGGUUCAGGGCCUCGCUCUGACGGUGCCUUACAGGCCAGCCAUGUGUUCUACAUGGACGACCUUAAGGUGUGGACGCCAGACUGGGAAAACUUGAUGAAGGCUCGCAAGGGGAUCCAGCGAGUCGCCGGGCAACUCGGGAUGAAGAUGAACAUGAGCAAGUGCGCAAUUCGGUCGAUCAAUUCCGAAGACAUGGGGCGAGAUCACGUCGCUGAGGUAGGGUCUAUCCCGAUCCUCGGAGGCGCCGAGGUCUAUAAGUAUCUGGGAGCUGAGCAGACUGGGCUUGUCUGCUUUGAGGAACUAUGGUCUCGGGUCGCAGAAAGUGCGACGGCUACUGCCAGAAGAUUGUUCUUUAGUAACCUGACGGUACGCCAGAAGGUGAACGGGUUCAAUCAGAUGGUUGUACCGAAGCUCAAGUAUGCGUUCUCGUGCAUAGUCUUUGGAGCGGGUAGGUUCAAGACGCUGAGAGUGCGAGCCCGUAACUUCGAUUUGGAGAUGCGACGACUGCUAGUAGAGUCUCUUAUGAGAUUCAAAAACAGUUGUUGCGCGCGCCUCUAUGUCGGGAAAGAAAGUGGAGGUCUAGGAAUGAAGUUAGUAGAGGAGGAGUUAGAACAGAGUGUCACGUACACUUGGUGCUACCUCGCCACGAACACGGAUUUUCUAGUUUCGUUCGAGUUGUCGGAGCGUCUACGAGCGAGUACGAAGCGAUCGAUAACGUCUGACUUCCAGGCUGUAAUGGCCGCUAACGGGUUAGACGGUCGCGUGUCUCGAACGGUGAUGGCGACUAUUGUAGUAGACAACCAAACGUUCUUCACGGCUACGAAAGCGGCAAGAGCGGUGUCUAAGCUGAUCCGAGAGAGAUGGGCGAAAGUCCACCUCAAUGACUGGAAAGGCAAAGGUACUGCUGGGCGAGUGCUGCAAGAACGCGGGCGUGAUGGUAACCUGACCGGACUAUGCCUGAAGGAUUCGUUCCUUUGGUCCGUGAAUGGUCGGGUGUCGUCGGAAGUUCUAAGAAACGUUUGGGGUGCCCAGGAGGCUUCACUCCUCACCAGAAGUAGUGCCAGUGCAAGAUCUAUGGCGCUUGCUGGUGACGGUUUGUGCCGUAUGCGCUGCGGACCCUACGCAGAGACCGCCGAACACGUUGUCUCCGCGUGUGGCUACUGGCGGACCAGCCUUAUGGUCGAAAGACAUGAUGAGGUAGCUAGGGUCUUAUAUUCCGCGAUCAGGCGCAAGUAUAACAUCUCGGAAGUAGUGAAUACCCACCGACCACAUGUGGUCGAAACAUCUGACGUGGUUAUUCACUGGAAUGAUAGCAUUGUCACGAGCGAAGGACUAAAGCACAAUCGCCCUGACCUUUUGGUCUGGGACAGGCGUGCUGAACGGAUCUGGAUCAUCGAGAUUUCGGUCUCAUGGUACACCCGUGUCCUAGCUCAGGAACGCCGUAAGCUCGGGAAGUAUGCUGUGAACAGCACUCUACCUGAGGAGACUGGACCAGAUGGGUUCCAUCCAGGCCCAAAUCUCCGCGCAGUCCUUCAGAAGGACAGAAAGAGCCGGGUAGAUGUAGUUCCUAUUGUCUUAGGGGCCUGCGGUGAAGUAACACCGAACCUAAGGCAGUACAUACGUUCCCUUGAGCUUCGAGACAAUGCUAGCGACCUGAUCGAGCGAAUGCAGCGUUGUGCCAUCCUCGGAACAAACCGUUUGGUGAAAUGCCAUCUCGCCAAUAGAGUGGAGUGA